AUGAGAAGGAGCACACGGCGAGUGUUGCAGGCAUUUUCGCAAAAACGCUUAAGAAUAGGCAGUUCUGAAAUUUCGGAAGUCUACCGUGCAACUCAGUCUGUUUCAUCAGAUUUAGAAAGUGAUUCCUGCAUUGGUAAAUUGGGUAACAAUGAAAUGCAGGAAGGUAGUGGCGACGAGGAUUCAUACAUUGAGAAAACGGAGGACGAUGAUGCUGAUCGUAGCCUCCUGUACUGUAUGAUCCUUUCGGAGGAUGGACGUAUUGAUUUAAACAGCACUGACUGGUAUGGGAGACUUACAAACAUCAGGCAGACCUAUAAAAUGAAACACAGAUCAAGAGAAAAAGACAUUCUUACCAUUAAAUCAAAGAUAGGAACACAUCCUUUUGUAAACAUGAUUGAAAAUGUUGUAAUGUGUUAUGUGAAUACUAAUGGAUUCUGGGAACGUGGCUGGGCUUUUCAAUGCCUGACGUUCAACAACGAUUAUGACAAAUUCUUCAAAGUGACACCGCCGGAAGUUUUGAGAAAAUGCGUUCCGUAUAUGACUAACAUACAGGAAACAAUAUUAUGUAGCAGUGAGAUUUCUGAUAUUGUCUUGAAAUUUGGAUUGGACUUUGUUUGCUUUUUUCACACAUGUUCAAAAUAUUCAAAAAUAUAUGAGGAUGGUUUAAAUAUAUUGAAUCUUCCUCGUCAGGUGGUUGAUAUGGUAGACAACGAUGACGACAUUGAUGAGUUCAGUGAAUUCAAACAAUAUGUGGAUGAGAUCAUGAAAUGUGAACAUAAAUCUUUAAAGUCAUUGAAUCUGAAUAGUCUGCUUGGCUCAUACCUUAUUGGACGAGAGACAGGCAAAGAGAAAGAAGGUGAGUUGAUAAGGAUAUGUCUAUCAUUCUUUGAAGAAUGAAGUUGCACAACUGCAAUGGUGAGAGCAAACUGUAAGUAA